AUGCCUGAUGUGAUUUCUCCCGAAGAUCCGCAGUUCGAAUCAAAUGAUGAUCAUGUCGCUAUUUACGAUGCCAUUCGUCAGAUAGCGCAGCGAAUAGCUGAUGCGUCAGACCCUCAAAAAUUGGCAGUUGGAGGUGUUUUAGGGUGGGCUGCUGGAGCCUUGGUAGUAAAGGUUGGGACGGUAGUGGCUUAUAGUCUUCGCUAUGGCGUUUUGCUGUUUCAGGUCAGUGUGUGCGUGAUGAAUCACUUGUCAUCUGAUUAUGGUUGA